CUGGCCACCCUGCUGAACAGCUGAACGCGCCCCUCAUUAGUUUAGUAGACAAGUAGAUGAAGUAUUCUACUUUGUGGUAAACAGUUUUCGAAUUGAAACAAAUUGAAGCAAUUUAUAUUUUGAUAAAUCGUAUAAUUGUAUCAUUAAUAUAUAAAUCAUGGCCACUUCGGUUAGCACAAAUCCAUCUACGUUAUUGCCUUUAGAACUGGUUGACAAAUGUAUUGGUUCUCGGAUACAUAUUAUUAUGAAAAAUGACAAGGAAAUUGUAGGAACUCUACAAGGAUUUGAUGAUUUUGUCAACAUGCUGCUGGAAGAUGUAACAGAAAGUGAGGCAACACCAGAAGGUCGUAGAGUUACAAAAUUGGAUCAGAUUCUUCUCAAUGGCAGCAAUAUUACUAUGUUGGUGCCUGGUGGCGAAAUGCCGGAUACGUAAAACUGAUUCCUGAAUCAUCUCAAAUGCAUUGAAUUAUUUCUAUACCAAUAAAAUGUGAUUAAGCAUUAAACUUAACUUAUCGCAAGUAAGAUUUCUUUAUAAGUUUAAGUUCAAUUUUGAUUGAAUAAAUGUUAAAUACCAAGGUUAUAAAA